AUGGCAUCCGAGAAGGAAUCCGAGAAGCCCACCGGUAUCAACCAGCGAGACAUGGAGAUCCUCUUCGGAGCACUCCAGUGCCUCAAGGCGCCCCUCCAGGUCGAUACCGACGCGCUUGCCAAGAAGCUCAACUCCAAGAACCGUCACGUCGCCUCCACCCAGCUCGCGGCUGUCAAGAAGGAGUACAACAUCGGCGUCCCCGUCUCGGACUCAGCCACCACCACCCCGACCGGUAGCCCCGAGGGCAGCGCCGCCGGCAAGGGCUCCCCCCGCAAUGCCAGCACCCCGCGAAAGCGCAAGGCUGCCGCCCCCACCAAUGGUGUUAUGACCGGCUCUCCGCUGAAGAAAAGCAAGAUUGUUGACCAGGACCAGGACCAGGACGAGGACCGGUACGCUGACCGAGAUGCCACUUUGCUCCAGCUCCUGAAGGGCGCGGAUGACGGUGCGGAUGAGGGCGAGGCUUAG